AUGACAUCAAGUACUAGUGGUCGUGCGGAUGUGGCGGAUAAUGAUGUCAAAUUAGGGCGAAGUGGCGAACACACCGUAAUUACUGAGAAACAACCGAGCAGAAAAAGAAAUAAUACUAAGCGUGGUGGUGUAAAGAGACGAAUGUCCUCAUUGGCGUAUCAUCAGCAACAAUACAUGUUAAUGCGUGGAGGUCAUCCAGGUGGAAGGCCGCUACAUCCUACUGGAACGAAUACUGCACAAAGAGUGAUUCCUAUUCGAUAUCCUAACGCAUCCGGACCUCCCCAUCUUUUCCCACCACAAAAAUUUGGUUUUUUCAAUGAAGCGGCACCAUCGAUACAUCCUGGCCAUCCAGGGUCGGAGAAACGCAUUUGCGAAGGCCCACCGAAGCCGCAUUUGAUGAUGGAAGAACACGGAAGGACUCGGCAAAAGUCAGUACCGAAACCACCGAAAUUGUUGUUCACUUCAGGACGUGGUGAUACUGUACAAAAUGAUAGGCCAGUUAUCGGGCCAACGCUAGAAGUAAGAAAUAAAUCAACUGGCCUGAACGAACAACAAGCUGGAAUGAACGAAUUGUUUGCGAAAAUGAUUUGGAAAAAGUUAGAUAUGAUUCAAAGUCCAAUGCGUCUGAAUCGUUUACACACGGAAAUUAUGAAUUUAUUGCAACAGGCAAUCGCUGAAGAAACAGGCAAGUAG